GGCCGUCCCCUUUUUCCUCACCUCCUUCCGGCCCUUGGUUCUCGCCCCGCAGCCUCUCCCUCCAUCCCGCGUGCGUGUGUGCGUGCGUGCGUGAGAGCGUGCCGGCUGCCCGCGGACCCCCCACGCCAGUGCCCCCUCUCCCCGCUGCCUUCCCCCGCUUCAGGCAUUGCUCCCCUCCGUGUGUGCGGGCGGCCGCCAUGUGCUCCCUAGCAACGGGCAUCACCGGCGCCAGGCGCCGGCUGCAGGAAGCCGAGGGCGAGGAGGAGGUGCCCGCGCUGUCGGACAGCGGAGACGAGGCGGCCUGGGAGGAGGAGGAGGAGGAGGAGGAGGAGGACCCCCGCCGCGAGAAGCAGCAGACCCCCUGCCUGUUCUGUGACAGAUUAUUCACUUCUGCUGAAGAAACAUUUUCUCAUUGUAAGUCUGAACAUCAGUUUGAUAUUGACAACAUGGUUCAUAAACAUGGACUUGAAUUUUAUGGAUACAUUAAGCUAAUAAAUUUCAUUAGACUUAAGAAUCCAACUUCAGAGUAUUUGAAUUCCUUAUGCAACCCAGUCCCUUGGGAGAAAGAAGAGUAUUUGAAACCAGUGUUAGAAGAUGACCUUUUACUUCAGUUUGAUGUAGAAGACCUUUACGAACCAGUGACAGUCCCAUUCUCUUAUCCUAAUGGACUCAGUGACAACACGUCUGUUCUUGAACGGUUGAAGCACAUGGAAGCUAGAGCACAGGCUGCCGAAGCAGCAUUAGCUAGAGCCCGGGAAGACCUACAGAGAAUGAAACAGUUUGCACAGGAUUUCGUGAUGAACGCAGAUGUCAGAACCAACUCGUCAUCCACCACUACCAUUGCAGACCUUAAUGAAGAUGAGGAUGGUGUUUAUUUCAGCUCAUAUGGGCAUUAUGGGAUACACGAAGAGAUGCUAAAGGAUAAAGUACGAACAGAAAGCUAUCGAGAUUUUAUAUACCAAAAUCCACAUAUUUUUAAAGACAAGAUAGUUCUGGAUGUUGGUUGUGGAACUGGAAUUCUCUCUAUGUUUGCAGCUAAAGCUGGUGCAAAAAAGGUCAUUGGAGUUGAUCAAUCCGAAAUACUUUAUCAAGCAAUGGAUAUAAUAAGGUUAAACAGACUUGAAGGUAAUAUUACUCUGGUCAAAGGAAGAAUUGAAGAGGUUGAUCUACCUGUUGAAAAAGUAGAUGUAAUCAUAUCAGAGUGGAUGGGCUAUUUUCUCCUCUUUGAGUCUAUGUUGGAUUCUGUCCUUUAUGCAAAGGACAAAUACUUGGCAACGGGUGGAUCAGUCUACCCUGACAUUUGCACGAUCAGCCUAGUAGCAGUAGGAGAUCCAAACAAACAUGCAGAUAGGAUUGCUUUCUGGGAUGAUGUGUAUGGGUUCAACAUGUCAUGCAUGAAAAAAGCAGUUAUUCCAGAACCUGUUGUGGAAGUUUUGGACCCAAAGACAAUUAUUUCAGAACCCUGUGGCAUUAAGCGUAUAGAUUGUCAUACUGCAUGUGUCCCUGAUCUUGAGUUUUCUUCAAAUUUCACCCUGAAAAUCACAAAACUGUCCAUGUGUACGGCAGUUGCUGGCUACUUUGAUAUCUUUUUUGAGAAGAACUGCCACAAAAAAGUCUUAUUUUCUACGGGUCCCCACAGCACCCAAACUCACUGGAAGCAAACAAUUUUUCUCCUUGAGAAGCCAUUUUCAGUUAAAGCAGGUGAGGCCCUAAAAGGAAAGAUAACCAUUCAAAAGAACAGGAAGGACCCACGUUCUCUCAUCGUUACUCUUACAUUGAAUAACUUAACUCAGACCUAUAACCUUCAAUGAAAGUUAUUCUGUGUUUAGAAAAUUAAGUGAAGACACAUUGGGUGAAGAAACAUGAGGUUCAGGGCACUUGUUCCUUCAAUCUCUUGAAGAAGAGAAAGGGAAGAGGGGUUUCCCAUAAGUGCCCAACUGAUUAAUUUCUAAAAUGGGAUUAUGUAUUCUAAAUCUAAUAACAGUCUAUCAAACUAUAGCCAGGUAUAUUUCCUCUGCUGUGAAAAAUGAAAUCAUAACUGACUUAAAUUUGGAAUUAAUGUACCUGAGAGAAAGAUAUCACAGAAAAUACAAUCAGAAACAAUUUAGGAGAAAUAUUUUACUUGCUCAACUUAGGUCAUCCUGUUAUAGAUGGCCCUUAGGGUUAUCAUCAGUGUUUUCAUAUUGUGAGUACUCUAUUUGGAUAUCCUUUCAAAUAUUAUCUAGUAUGUGUAAAGUCAAAAGUUGUAUUUAAAGGUCCAAAC